ACCUCUGCUCUGCCAUUUUUCUUGAGCUAAAAGCUUCAGUCCAAAGGCAGCCAGCCCCCCAUUCUACUCAUCAUCCACAUAAUCCUUUAAUCAGUCUUCAAAAGAAGAAACAGAAGCUAGCAGAUGACGACAGAGGCGGGGAGAAUCAGAAGAGGCAAUGGCGGCUCUGUUAAGCUUCAUCACAAUGCCGCCAAAGACGAUGGCGGCAAUUCUCAAGAACCGCGCGAGGGAAACCAUGGAGCUCAACAAGCCAAGAGGAAAAUCUGGAAAUCUGAGGGCAGCCCAGUUCAGGUUUCAAGAAAAAGAUCCCAACUUUGCAGAGAUUCGGGCCCCAAAAGCCCGGCGAUCCAGAUCAAGAAGACGACGAGAUCUGUCACCGGUUCUGCUCAAAUUCUCAAGAAUGUGAGAUCGAGACCUGCUGCGGCGGAGUCGUCAGAUCCUGAGCUGAAAUGCGAGGAAGAGAAGGGUAUUUUGGUCAAAUCAGUGGUUAAAGACACAAACUUUGAAGAGAAUAAUAAUGGCAUUGGCUUGGUGGGCAAAAUUGAGAAUGCAAAGGGAAAUGGGAUUGGAGAAACAAGAUCUGAGUGUGAGGAAAAAGUCAUCACACCCAUUGUGGACUUGGCUCUGCUCAAAUCUCCACAUAAAGUGGAAACAGAAAAUCUUGAAGAAGAAGAAGAAGAAAUUGAGAUGAAAGAAAUGGGAGUUUCGGAAGAUCAAAAGCCUGAAGAGAUUGUGACAGAUGAGAAGAAGAAGAAGAUGAAAAUGUGUAAUUCUCCCCUUUCUGAAAAUGGAGAUCCCAGAUUUACCCCAACAGAAAAUUCACAUUCCAUUUCCAGUCCCCAAUGCAGAUUACAGAGUCUGGUUGAUUUGGUGAUGUGGAGAGAUGCAUCAAAAUCUGCAUUUAUCUUUGGGUUUGGAACAUUUAUUAUCAUCUCUUCUUCAUUCUCUCGAGAGCUUCAAUUCAGCUUCAUCUCUGUGGUUUCCUACCUCAGUCUCAUCUAUCUUGUUGUAGUCUUCCUCUACAAAUCCCUUGCCCCUAAAAGGGAAGGCAUUGUUGAGGGGGAGAAAAGAGGAAAUGUAGUUGGAGAGGAGGAGGCAAUAAGGCUUCUCAAACUCAUACUUCCAUAUGUGAAUCACUUCCUCUUCAAAAUCAAAGUCCUUUUCUCAGGGGACCCUGUAACAACAAUGAAGAUGGGAGUGUUGCUCUUUGUUUUGGCACAAUGUGGCACCAACUUAACCUUUUCCAAGAUGGCCAAAUUGGGUAACCUUUCUCUUUCUCUUCUUCUUUUUUAUUCGGUGGUACAGUUUCAAUACGUUACAUAACUUAUAUAACUAAGUAACAAUAAAAGAUUUGUCUGUCACAGAGUCAUGAUUCUUUUGGUUUUCUUUUUUCUCGAUUUACUAUGUUAAGCUGCACUUUUACUAAACUUAACUAAUCUCAAUACAUUUUUAAAAUUAAUUUGAAACGGUGAAAUUAAAAUACCAUGAUAUUACUAUUUUUGUUUCUUCUUUUGUUGUCUUUUUCACUAUUUCCAUGUUAUAUCAUUUGAUUAUAUUAAAUCUUAUUAUUACGG